UUCUGCCAUUAAUAAACUAGUAUGUCAAAACUAAAUCAAACAAGCUUUGAGUUAUAUAUGUCACUUCUCAUUCUAUAACCGCCUUCUCUUGUUUUGGAAUAUAUAUUCAAUCUCUAGAAAACGAUGAAUUUUGUGAAUCAUUCCUGCAAUACUUUUUCCUUUAAGUAUGUGGUUUUUUCUAUCUAUCAAUUGUUAAGAGAGAUAGAAAUUUAGAAGAUGAAUAUCGGUGAUGGAAAAGUGGUGUGUGUAACAGGUGCUUCUGGUUAUAUUGCUUCAUGGAUUGUUAAGUUUCUUCUCCAACGUGGUUACACUGUUAGAGCCACUGUUCGUAAUAUAAGUAAUCCAAAUAAGGUUGAUCACUUGCUUAAACUUGAUGGUGCAAAGGAAAGGUUGCAACUCUUCAAGGCUGAUCUAUUAGAAGAAGGUUCAUUUGAUUCUGUUAUUCACGGCUGUCAUGGUGUCUUUCAUACUGCUUCACCGGUUCAUUUGGUUAUCGACGGUGACCCUCAGACAGAAUUAGUUGAUCCUGCGGUGAAGGGAACUCUAAAUGUUUUGAAUUCAUGUGCCAAAUCACCAUCUGUUAAACGAGUUGUUUUAACUUCUUCUUUUGCUUCUGUUGCGUAUAACGGAAGACCUCUAACACCAGAAGUUGUAGUUGAUGAGACAUGGUUUUCAAAUGCAGAUUUCUUAUUGGAAGAAAAGAUGUGGUAUUCAUAUGCAAAGACUUCAGCAGAAGAAGCUGCAACAAAAUUUCUAACAGAAAACAAUAUUGACUACGUUGUUAUGAAUCCAGGUGUGACGAUUGGUCCUCUCUUGCAACCUGAGCUUAACCAAAGUUCUGCUUUCAUUUUUGACUUAAUAAAUGGUUCAGAAACAUUAAUGAACGCUGCUUUUGGAUGGAUCAAUGUGAAGGAUGUUGCAAAUGCACAUAUUCUGGCAUAUGAGGAUUCUUCGGCUAAUGGAAGAUAUUGUUUGGUUGAAAGAGUGAUACAUUUCUCUGAACUUACUAAGAUUUUGCAUCAUAUGUAUUCAUCAUUGCAAAUUCCGAACAAGUGUACAGAUGAUAAGCCUUUGAUGCAAACAUUUCAAGUUUCUAAAGAAAAGGCAAAAAAGUUGGGAGUUGAAUUUAUUCCCCUGGAAGUGAGCCUCAGAGAGAUAAUAGAAAGUUUAAAAGAGAAAGAGUUUAUUAGCUUCUAAUUUAUGAUAUUUCAUUUAGAGAAAAUAUUGAUAAUCUUAAUAGGGAUUGUAUUCAGAAACUCAGCAUAAGGAUGAAUUAAUAGGGUGUUUUUUAUCCGUUGGGUUUUUUAAAUCAAGCCCAUUGGGAAUGUAAGUUCACAGCUCUGCUGCAGCUGAAAGUUAUAAUUUGGAGUCUCAUUUUCCUUUAGAUUCCAUUUCUCAUGCAAAAUGGUUUUGUAGAGUAUUAAGGGGGAAAAUGCCAAUUGGGGGAAAAUGCCAAUCGAAGGUCUCAGUUAUUUGAUUUGCAACUUGUUGGAGUAUUUGGACUUAGAGAAAUAAUAUUUUGUUUAGAGGGAAAAUAGCGGAUAUUGGUGAAGUUGUGUUAAUAAACUCUAAAAUCAU